AUGGAUCUGGCCAUGGCCAGACGUCUUACUACUCCGGGUCAAACCUAUAGAAGGAAACAAAAAGAUGUCCGUGGUCUACAUGUCGCAACACAUCGACAGUCGGCACACGGACCAGUGUUGCGCCGUACAGCAAGUGUAACUAUGGUGGAUAUACGGACCAAACACGUCUCCAAGUUACUCGCAUACUACUACAUAUAUAUAUCAUUUGUACGCGCGGGUACACCGAUCUUGAGGUACCGGUUCAGUCGUAUGUGGCAGCGCCACCUCGAUUCGUUAUGUCUCCUCCCCAAGCGUGUUGUUAAUCGAGGCAUGAGCGAUGCGAUAUUCGUGGUGGUGAUGACGCAGGCCGCCAGCCUUGGCUUCGCAAAAUGGCCGUCAGGAACGUUCUCAGUCAGCUUGGGGAUGAUCACGGGUUGCAUGUGGAGCCAGAGACGGAGAAGCCCCUCAGACUAUGUCGGGCGUAGUGGGCAGCCGAGUCCUGUGAAGGAGUAUAGCACUGACCGAAUGAUGGCUGCUAUGUUGGAUAGCCAGCUGAAGACACUGGAAAGCCCUGAGAAUGAGGAGGGGGUGGCGACGGUGUCGAUAGACCAGACCCGUCAAGAGUGGAGUUGGGCGAAUAUUAUAAACAGCAACAUCUGCGCAGCAAAAUCUACUGUCUAA